GAAGAGGCUAUUGGAAGCUAAAUUCGGCCCUCCUGGAGGAAGCAGAGAUAUGGUGAAGUCUGAGAUGGCGAAGCCGCUGUUAGACGGUGACAUUGGCGCCUCCACCCCACUAAGCGUCCUGUCCUGUGGCGACACUAUUGGGAUCCUGGGCACCGGGGACUUUGCUCGAUCAUUGGCCGCUCGUCUCUUGUAUUCCGGAUUCAGAGUUGUGGUGGGAAGUCGCAAUCCCGUGCGCAGCGCAGCGCUCUUCCCUGCGGAUGUGGAGGUGAUGUCCCAGGAGGAGGCGGUGAAACGCGCGCAGGUGCUGUUUGUGGCGGUUUUCCAGGAACAUUAUUCUACGUUGAGCGCCCUGUCAGACGUCCUGUGUGGGAAAACGCUGAUCGAUGUCAGUAAUAACCCGGAGAUCAGCGUCAACAGAGAGUCCAAUGCGGAGCGUCUGGCCGCGCUCUUCCCUCAAUGCAUGGUGGUGAAAGCAUUCAAUGUGGUGUCUGCCUGGGCCCUGCAGUCUGGCCCCAAGGAUGGAAACAACCAGGUCUUCAUCUGUUCUGACAGUCCUGACGCCAAGAGCCGCGUUGCGUCCAUAGGGCGCAGUAUGGGCUUCCUCCCGGUGGACAUGGGGGCGCUGUGUGCGGCCCGUGAGGUUGAGCGGAUCCCGCUGCGCCUGCUGCCGCUGUGGCGGACGCCCUGUGCUCUGGCGCUCGGCCUCUUCGUCUUCUUCUACCUGUAUAACUUUGUCAGGUCCGUGCUGCACCCCUACCUGCAGGAGAACAGGAACACCUUGUACAAGCUGCCGCUGGAGCUGCUGAACGUCACGCUGCCGUGUGUCGCCUACGUGCUGCUGGCCUUGGUGUACGCGCCCGGAGUCCUGGCCGCCAUCUACCAGCUGCACAACGGCACCAAGUACAAGCGCUUCCCUGGCUGGCUGGACAAGUGGAUGCUGCGCAGGAAGCAGAUGGGCCUGGUCAGCUUCUUCCUGGCAGCGCUGCACGCCGCCUACAGCUUCUGCCUGCCCAUGAGGAGAUCCGCCCGCUAUCAGAUCCUCAACGAUGCCGCUAAGCAGGUGCGGAACAACGUCACCUCCUCCUGGGUGGAGGACGAGGUCUGGAGGAUGGAGAUCUACGUCUCGCUCGGCAUCAUGGCGCUCGGGAUCCUCUCACUCCUCGCGGUCUCCUCCAUCCCAUCUGUCGCCAACUCCUUGAACUGGAGAGAAUUCACCUUCAUCCAGUCUCAGCUGGGGUUUGCAGCGCUGGUUGUCGUCACCCUCCACACUCUCACAUUCGGCUGGAGACGAGCAUUUGAUGGCAGCCGCUACAAGUUUUACCUGCCACCGACCUUCACCCUGACGCUGGUGCUGCCCUUCAUCAUCAUCCUGGCCCGAGUCAUCCUCCUGCUGCCGUGUAUCAAUGCAAAACUGCUGAAGAUCCGCAGAGGAUGGGAGAAGAACAAGUGCGUCGCCUUCACUGCGCCAAGCGAGGACUGUGCAGAAGGUUCUAGCAACGUGUAAGGCGCCGACGGCAGGUGAGGCGGAGCCAGCAUGUGACCAGUGUCAGCAGCCGCCUCAUACGGUCUGUCUGCCGCCAGAUACGCAGUGCCGACUGCCGAACUCUCAGGGAGAGCAUAGCCACAAUACGGAGGCCAAAGAGCUCAUCAGGAACAACUACUAUCCACAAUAUUGUAUGUGUCUUAUUUGUUAUGCCACCCAAAGAUGGAGGUGGCGGCCAAUAUAAAGUGCCCUGUGAUGUCACUCCCAUCAUGUAGAGACCAGUAAUGGCCCGUAGACCGUGGUGGAUAGAGAGCGGUAAUGGCCGCCUCCCCGUAGACCGCGGUGGAUAGAGAGCGGUAAUGGCCGCCUCCCCAUGGACUGAACUGCAAGGCGUGCUCUGACUUCAGCAGAUGGCAUGUAUCAUGCAGUUAAUACCGGGCUCUCACUAAUGUACAGUGAUUCUCCAUGUUGCCUCCUUUGCUGGCUGGAUUAGUUUUUCCAUCACAUUAUACACGGCUCGUUUCCGUGGUUACCGCUGCGCAUGCGUGUCUAUGUGCGCUCCCCCUGUCCCGGCCACCAGAGAGACUGGAGCCUCUUUCCUAUAAUGUGCAUGCUCGACCACCACUGCUGGAUUACAGGGUGGUAGUAACCAUGGAAACGAGCCGUGUAUAAUGUGAUGGAAGUAUAUAGAGGCAACAUGGAGAAUCCCAACACAUUAGUCAGAGGCUACCCACAGGCACUUGCUCCCAUAGAUAUGAAUGGAGCAUGCUGGGAAUUGUAGUUUCACAGCAGCUGGAGCACCAGAGGUUGCUGUUAAGGAAAUUAUCCAGCUUUUCUGAAAGUGGAUAUAAAAUUCAUAAGAUGUUUUUAAUUUUUUCUGUGUACGUGAUACAAUGUGGUGACAUUUGGAAAAGAACAAGCGUAAACUACAACCCUAUAGAGGUGACCUGUGAGAUCCGAUGAGGAUUGUACUACAACCCUAUAGAGGUGACCUGUGAGAUCAGAUGAGGAUUGUACUACAACCCUAUAGAGGUGACCUGUGAGAUCAGAUGAGGAUUGUGCUACAACCUAUAGAAGUGACCUGUGAGAUCAGAUGAGGAUUGUACUACAACCCUAUAGAGGUGACCUGUGAGAUCCGAUGAGGAUUGUGCUACAACCUAUAGAAGUGACCUGUGAGAUCCGAUGAGGAUUGUACUACAACCUAUAGAAGUGACCUGUGAGAUCAGAUGAGGAUUGUACUACAACCCUAUAGAGGUUACCUGUGAGAUCAGAUGAGGAUUGUGCUACAACCUAUAGAGGUGACCUGUGAGAUCAGAUGAGGAUUGUACUACAACCCUAUAGAGGUGACCUGUGAGAUCAGAUGAGGAUUGUGCUACAACCCUAUAGAGGUGACCUGUGAGAUCAGAUGAGGAUUGUGCUACAACCCUAUAGAGGUGACCUGUGAGAUCAGAUGAGGAUUGUACUACAACCCUAUAGAGGUGACCUGUGAGAUCAGAUGAGGAUUGUACUACAACCUAUAGAGGUGACCUGUGAGAUCAGAUGAGGAUUGUACUACAACCCUAUAGAAGUGACCUGUGAGAUCAGAUGAGGAUUGUACUACAACCUAUAGAGGUGACCUGUGAGAUCAGAUGAGGAUUGUAGCUACAACCUAUAGAGGUGACCUGUGAGAUCAGAUGAGGAUUGUGCUACAACCUAUAGAGGUGACCUGUGAGAUCAGAUGAGGAUUGUACUACAACCCUAUAGAAGUGACCUGUGAGAUCAGAUGAGGAUUGUACUACAACCCUAUAGAGGUGACCUGUGAGAUCAGAUGAGGAUUGUACUACAACCCUAUAGAGGUGACCUGUGAGAUCAGAUGAGGAUUGUGCUACAACCUAUAGAGGUGACCUGUGAGAUCAGAUGAGGAUUGUACUACAACCCUAUAGAGGUGACCUGUGAUAUCAGAUGAGGAUUGUACUACACCCCUAUAGAGGUGACCUGUGAGAUCAGAUGAGGAUUGUGCUACAACCUAUAGAGGUGACCUGUGAGAUCAGAUGAGGAUUGUACUACAACCCUAUAGAGGUGACCUGUGAGAUCAGGAUUGUGCUACAACCUAUAGAGGUGACCUGUGAGAUCAGAUGAGGAUUGUACUACACCCCUAUAGAGGUGACCUGUGAGAUCAGAUGAGGAUUGUACUACCAACCAAACAGGCAUCUCCUGCUGAAAAAAAAUACUCAUCAGUUAACACAUUUUUGGAAAAGUGAAACCAAUCAGAAGUAUUAUUUGUGUACCAAUCAUGUGUUACUUUGAGGGGUUACACCCUUUGAACCGUGUAUAAAUAAAUGUUGGUUCCUGA